UGGAGGGAGGGGAGAAAAAGCGACCGAGAAGAAGCGUUCGUUUCCCUGCGUCCAACUCGUCAGGAUGAUGUGACAAGUCCCGAGCGAGAACGCGGAAAUCGGAUUUAUUUCCCCGCCGCUGGAGAUCACCCGAGCCGCCGGCUUUGAAGGCUGGCAGGCCCGUGGUGGGGACACACAACAUGGCAGAAGCGCGGCGGGAGAGCACCAGCAGUCUGCAGAGGAAGAAGCCUCCAUGGCUGCGAUUAGACAUUCCCACCACUCAGAUGUCGCUGGAUGAGCCGCCCAGUUUUGUUCAACCGAUAAAGAGGCAGGGCUUCCUGCGCAGCAUCAGCAUGCCGGUGGAAACAUCUCACAUGCAAUCGCCACCCCGAGACUUUUUUGACAGCCGGCGGCCGGUCUUGCAGCGCCAGUCGUCCAUCACGCAGACCAUCAAGAGCAGCAGGAGGGUUCACUUUGAGCGGAUUAACACGGUGCCCGUUAAGGGCCAGCGAGCUGCCCGCCGUAGCACCAGGAAGCACCACUCGCUCUCCAGAACCCUGCUCAGGGGCACGGCCGACUGGUUCGGGGUGAGCAAGGAUGGCGACGCCACGCAAAAAUGGCAGCGCAAGAGCCUCCGCCACUGCAGCCUGCGUUAUGGCAAGCUCAAGCCACAGGUGAUUCGCGAGAUGGACCUGCCGAGCCAGGACAACAUCUCGCUCGCCAGCACCGAGACGCCGCCUCCGCUGUAUGUGCCCUCCUCCUCGCAUGGCAUGCAGAAGAUCGUCGACCCGCUGGCUCGCGGUCGGGCCUUCCGCAUGGUGGAGGAGGUGGACGGCUACAGCGUACCGCAGACGCCCAUCACACCCGGGGCAGCGUCGCUCUGCUCCUUCACCAGCUCGCGCUCGGGCCUCAACCGGAUACCUCGCCGACGCAAGAGGGAGUCGGUGGCCAAGAUGAGCUUCAGGGCGGCGGCGGCGCUCGUCAAGGGGCGCUCCAUACGGGACGGCACCCUGCGACGGACUCAAAGACGCAGCUUCACCCCUGCCAGCUUCAUGGAGGAUGACAUCGACUUUCCCGAUGAGCUGGACACAUCCUUCUUUGCCCGAGAUGUUCUGAUGCACGAUGAGCUGUCCACGUUUGCGGACGAGGUGUUUGAGUCGCCGUCGGAGGCGGCGAUGAAAGAGGCCGAGCGUGGCGAUAAGGAUGAGAUCGAGUUGACGGGAAGCGCGCUGGAUAAAACGGCUCUGGAGAGGAGUCACCUGAUGCUACCUUUGGAGCGAGGGUGGCGUAAAGCCAAAGAGGGCGCGCCGGGCCCGCCCAAGGUGCCCUUGCGUCAGGAGGUGGUGAGCGUCAACGGGCAGCGGCGCGGCCAACGCAUCGCCGUACCCGUCAAGAAGCUAUUCGCCCGCGAGAAGAGGCCUUAUGGGCUAGGCAUGGUGGGCAAGCUGACCAACCGCGUGUACCGCAAGCGCAUCGACAGCUACGUUAAGAGGCAGAUCGAGGACAUGGACGACCACAGGCCUUUUUUUACCUACUGGAUCACCUUUGUCCACAUGCUCAUCACCAUCCUGGCCGUGUGCAUCUACGGCAUCGCGCCGGUGGGCUUCUCCCAGCACGAGACGGUUGAUUCUGUUUUAAGAAACAAAGGUGUGUACGAAAAUGUCAAGUUUGUACAGCAGGAGAACUUCUGGAUCGGGCCGAGCUCGGAAGCACUGAUCCACCUGGGGGCCAAAUACUCUCCAUGCAUGCGGCAGGACAAACAAGUGCAUGAGUUCAUCAGGGAAAAACGAGACAUCGAACGCAACUCGGCGUGCUGCGUGCGCAACGAUCGCUCGGGCUGCGUCCAGACCUCGGAAGAGCAGUGCUCGAGCACUCUGGCUGUGUGGGUGAAGUGGCCGGGGCAUUCCAGCGCGCCUCAGCUAAACGGCAAAUCCAGACAAUACGGCUCGGUAUGCCAUCAAGACCCGAGGACAUGUCUGGAGCCUGCCUCGGUCCCGCCGCACGAGUGGCCCGACGACAUCACCAAGUGGCCAAUUUGCACCAGGUCAAACACAGGGAACCACACCAACCUGCCUCACAUUGACUGCACCAUCACGGGCCGACCCUGCUGCAUCGGAACCAAAGGGAGGUGUGAAAUCACAUCCCGGGAAUAUUGUGACUUCAUGAAUGGCUUCUUCCACGAGGAAGCCACUCUCUGCUCCCAAGUGCAUUGCAUGGAUGACGUAUGUGGACUGUUGCCUUUCCUUAACCCUGAAGUCCCGGAUCAGUUUUACAGACUCUGGCUGUCACUUUUCCUGCAUGCGGGGGUCCUUCACUGCAUGGUGUCGGUGGCAUUCCAGAUGACCAUCCUGAGGGACCUGGAGAAGCUGGCAGGAUGGCUGCGCAUCUCCAUCAUUUACAUCGUCAGCGGCAUCACUGGCAACCUGGCGUCGGCCAUCUUCCUGCCGUACAGAGCCGAGGUGGGACCGGCGGGCUCUCAGUUCGGCAUCCUGGCCUGCUUGUUUGUGGAGUUGUUCCAGAGCUGGCAGAUCCUGGCCCAGCCUUGGGUGGCCUUCACCAAACUGCUGUGCGUGGUGCUCUUCCUGUUCGCCUUCGGCCUGCUGCCGUGGAUCGACAACUUUGCCCACUUCAGCGGCUUCGUGUCGGGCUUCUUCCUGUCCUUCGCCUUCCUGCCCUACAUCAGCUUCGGCCGCAUGGACCUGUACCGCAAGCGCUGCCAGAUCAUCGUCUUCCUGCUGGUGUUCGUGGGCCUCUUCUCGGGCCUGGCUGUGCUCUUCUACGUCUACCCCAUCAAGUGCGAGUGGUGCGAGCUGCUCACCUGCAUCCCUUUCACGGACAAAUUUUGCGAGAAGUACGACCUCAACGCGCAUCUCCACUGAGGCUUCGCACAAGCCCCGCCCCUUCCCAGCCAAUCAGGUCAGAAUGGGACUUUUUUGAAACCACUUGAACUCCAUUGGCGAGAUGCUUUGUGUUUUUCUACUCUGGUCAAUAUACGAGCAACGUGCCACCUUUGUUUUUAACCCCACCCCCACCCCCUCUACCUUAUGCUCAGCCCACCACCGUGCACUCCUUACGAGGCUCAAUACUUCACCGAGCCAAUCGUUGGUAUUUGUGUUUCGGUCUUGAUGUGGAGAUUUUUAACAGGAGGAGGAUCAGGACCACAUGUGGGGAAACAAAAUGUGAUUUAGCACUCAAAUUGUUGUUGUUUUUUUUUUUAGGUUUAAAACAAAGCCCUAUGAAUUAGAAUUGUGACUUCGAUUCCCUAUUUUGUUUUAGAUUCAAUCAUUUGAAGCCCCUUUAUGUUCACAACAGCACUUAAAAAAAUGAAAGCAGAUUGACUUUUAAUAUCACUUUCAAUGGUGGAAUUGUAAACUUUUGUUAUCGACUAGACUAGACAAUAAAAAAAAAAAGAAAAGAGAAUCACACAUUUGGAGAAUGUAACAGUACAGUUACGAGACAAACUUUAUCCAUAUCACAAUUCCUACCUAAAACAUUUUUAUCAUUUUGGACAUAUUUGUACUAGCGCUUGAC